AUGCCCUCAUCGUACUACGCCAGCAGCGCCGGCCGCCCCAGCGACUCCGAGUCCACUAUCAUGAUCAAAAGGAUCCAUGAGGAACAGAGAGAGGAACUUCGGCAAAAGCGAGCACGACAGGCACGACAGGGGCAACUAGCCAUCGAGUACCCUCUCAGCCAAAUCAGCCGCGCCUCCGGGGCCUCUCGCCAGUCUCACGUCUCUACCUCUAGGCAGUCCCACGCCGCGUCGUCCCAGGCCGGUUCAUACCACUCCCUCCGUGACAUCAACCCUUCUGACUCCUGCAGCCAAGUUGGGGCUCCCGCUCCUCCGUCGGUGGUAUCUACCAGCUCUCGUGCUUCGAACGUCUCUAGUGCCCCGACUGUCCGGCCGGGUGACUUGCUUAGUCAAGUUGGUGGCCCACCUGGCCAGGGUGGCCGAAUCCCGAAUGGUCGCGCCCGUGAUCUCAGCGGGAGGGAGUUGGCACUGCUUAACGCCCAAGGCGGCUCGCAUGCGCCUACUAUCGUUUCUUUUGCGGGGUCUCAAGUUGGGUCUCAAGCUGGGUCUUAUGCGCCAUCCUACGCUCCGUCCCAAACUCUAUCCCAAGCUUCCCGUAACCAGGGCCCGCAGUUGCUGCCUUACACCGCAUCCACCGCCGGAACCGACAUCUCUACCGACAGCACCCUGGUGAUCGAUAUGUGCGACCAGAACCGGAACCAGAACCAGAACCGACGUGCUCCUCCUCCUCGCAAUCCUCGCGGACAAGGUAAUGGAGGUAAUGGAGGCAAUGGGGGCAACGGUGGUGGAAAAAGGGUUGAUCCCUCUGAUCCCGCAAACAUUGUCGUCACGGAGGCGGAUAUUGCUCGCGGAAGGGAGAUGUGGCCUCGUCUUGACAGGGAGAGUAUCAAGGCUAGGAUGAAGGUGACGUUAAUUAGGGAGGAGGUGACAAGACGGAUGAGGCGUUAG